AUGCUUCCUUGGAGUAAGCGUUUCUCAAAUCAAAGUGAAUUUUGCUCGGAAUUUGUAUGGAAAUGUUAUUGGUCCACUGAAACGAAAGACAUUCCCCAUCCCCAGGACUGUGCGAGAGAAACGACUAAUGUUCCUGGCUUUGCAGCGUUCCACCAGGGUCUGCAAACCAUUUUCUGAGAUGUUAUUACUACCUAAUGCAUUUUUCUCUCAAUGAUCAAAAGUGAUCGAUUUUUGGUUUCUGUCAAGGCAGGGGCAGAGCUCGACAGCUCUGCCACAGUUGUGAACAUCCCUAUAUAAAAAAAAUUAUAUGUACAGAGUUUUGCUUCACAUUUAUUGGGAAUCUGAGUCGCUUAAAUGCGAUUGCUACUUUAUUAUGAAAGCCAGAACAAGUUAGUGGAGCUGUUAUUCUCCAUUUUCAGAUCUGGAGUCGUUGCCAUCCAUGCUGCGUCAUACAUAUGCAACGAUGCGGGACUUGGAUCAGAGUCUACUGGGUAUUAACUCCUGAUGGCCGAGUGCAUACAUAAAUAUAGAUAUAUGUUCAUGUAUAUUGUAUCGCAAUCUGAUUUAUGGGACAAGGGAUUCUGCUCAACCCCACUUUUUUUUUUGAAGUGUUUCAUCUGGUUAACUUUUGUAGCACUUCAGCAGCAGAACGAGAAAAGAUGUGAUGAAGAAAUUGAAGAAAUUAGGCGGGGGUUUGUUGGAUCCGGUAACGCCAACCUGAACACAUCGCUUAUCAGAUUCUCUGAUGAGGCUCUCGAUGAGCAGAAGCACUGUAUCAGAAUCGCCGACGAAAAAAUUGCAUUAGCGGGCCAAGCCUAUGAAAUGGUAUUUGAUUCGAGGAGCCCUUCUACGUUCUAUUAGUUUGAUGGGCAAAAAUUUUCAACCUGCGCGUAAAUCUUGAUUUAAGCUUUAAGGGAAAGUCCCCGGAACUCCACACAAUCAUCACCCUAUUUUGCAUUUUAUGUUUUGCUUUCUUGAUGUUGUUUCCAAGAUACGCUGAAAUCUGCCAUAUCGUCUAUCUUCUACAUCUUAGGUCGUUGCCUGCGUUGUCCCCAAUUUUUUUCCAGGUGGAUGCCCAAAUCCAACAGCUUGAUCAGUACUUGAGGAAACUGGAGACAAAACAAGGUUGUUCUUCUCCGAGUACGCUUCCAUCCUUGCAGAGUUGAAUCCUCCAAUCUCUCUCUCUGUCUCGCUUUUAUUUAUAUUUCUAGUUUUUUUUUGUUUUGCCGGGCUUGUGACGCAGAAAAGGAGCCUGCAGAGACCCUAGAAGGGUCCGUCGUCGACAGUCGUCUGCGAUCAGGAAGGGGAAGCGGAAGCGGCAAGCCGGGGCGGAAAAAGUAUGGCCAUCUCCUGAGCACCAUUUCUUCCCCUAGUUAGAUUUUAGUUUUGUUGAAUGAUCUGCCGACCAUUGCCCCGUUGUGGAGCAGAUCCCGGCCUGCGGUGGAGCCAGCGAGCAUAGACUUGGAGAUCCCCGUCGAUCCGAACGAGCCCACCUACUGCGUGUGCAACCAGGUCAGCUACGGGCAGAUGGUGGCCUGCGACAACCCGAGCGUACGCCCCCCCCCUUCUUCCUCCUAUUCCUGAAUCUUUCUCUCUCUCUCUCUCGCUUCCCGCCGGCGGUGGAGACGGGUUUUCAUGUCCGACCUGCAUUCUGGCUGGGCAGUGCAAGAUCGAAUGGUUCCACUUUGGAUGCGUUGGCCUCAAGGAGCAGCCCAAGGGGAAGUGGUUCUGCCCCGACUGCGCCGGGAUCAAGCGCCGCCGUAGGUAA